CUUGAACUAAGCUGUAGCUUUUAUUCAAGUGAUGCUGUAGACAUUUUGCCAGGAGCUUAUUUCUAUGUAAAACGGUUUUGAUGAAAAAGUCGAUUUUUCAAAAAUGAGGGUGUAAGAAAAACGAAAAUUGAGAUGCCUUGCUGGUAGACAAAAACUAACUCAAAUAGUAAAUUUUAUAGGACAGAUUUUGCUUGACAAGCUGAUAUAUUAAUAAACGUUUCAAAUUUUAGUUUCGGAUCCCAAUAGUGAAAAUAUGAAAAUGUAUGGAAAAAAUUUCCGUCCAAACUAAUUUUUUAGACCUGUCAAAGAUUUCCUCACUACUCUGGAGUAAAAUUAGACAAUAGAUUUCUGAGCCCAUAUUCGGAAAGAGCAUCAAAUUCUGGUCCUAACCCAUAGCUUUUGACUCGUCUGAAAUACAUUCAAGCAGGUCAAAAAUGAAUAAACAUUUUGUCCGGAAACUUUCGACUCACCCGUUAAAAUAUAGAACUCGAACUUCUUUUUCCCAAAGAAAUCAAGUAAUUUCUCAGUUGAUAUUCUGAAAUGAAACAUUUUUGAUCACGUACAACAUAUCAAUUUUUAUGUGUCUUUAUUCGAUAAUCACACUCAUCAACAUUCUUGGUCCUCACUGUCCUUUCGCAUCCUUUUUCUGAUUUUUGGGCUGUUCUUUCAAAUUUUUGUCCACCUUCACCUUUUCUCUAGUUUCGCGAGUCAGUUUUUCGUAGCGUUCUCAAAAUUUUCCCUGUCUUUGCUAGCCUUUUCCAAUUAUUCCCAAUGUUCAAAAUAUGUCAUUGUGGUUGUUAUUAUUGUAGACAAAAACAGCAAGCUGUACGUUCAACAGCAACUGCAGCAACAACAACAACAACAACAACAGCAGCAACAACAACAACAACCAUCAUCAUAUUUAUGGUGUAUAACACACUAUGGUCCAAACAAUCAAUUGCGUGAUUUUAUUAAAUGUACAGUAAUAGCAAAACAAACAAAUUCUAUUUUAGUAUUACCACCAUUAUUUCCUCAUUAUACAGAUAACAUGAAAGCGCUGCAAGAAUGGCAACAAUAUUAUGAUAUAAAAGUUUUACAAAAUUUUACACAAACAAUAACACUUUCAAAUUUUUUACAUUCAUUACCUAUUUCAAACAAAACAAGUCUAAUUGACUGUUAUAUUAAAAUACAAUUCGGUUAUGGUAAUACAGAAAUGUAUUAUUUCAAUCGCAUAAUUCAAACUUCUGGUAAACAUUAUGGUUUUAAAUUAGAUUUUAAACAACAAAUAUUAAAUAUCCAAAGAUAUAAUUUAAGAGUAGAAUGGUAUAAACGUAAAUGUCAACAUGUAUUUCUCCAUUUUCAUUAUGCCGAUUUUUCUAAAUUACAAUAUCCUAUAAGUCCUUGGAAAUAUUUAAAACGUACAUCAUUUAUUCAAUUAAUAGCUAAAAAUCUUUCAUUACCUAUGAUUAAUAACACAGGUAAAUUAUUAGUAGCACAUCUCAGACGUGGAGAUUUCACUCGUAUUCCAUUGGAAACCUAUAUAAAGCAACUUCAAUUUAUAGUUGAUAAAUUAAAAACUAUAAAACAUAUUCAUAUUAUGACUUUCAUUAGUAAUAGUACGGAAUUGAAUUAUAUAUUAAAAUCGUUUCCGAAAAUAUCUAUAACAUGUACAGAAGAUAUUCGAAAAUAUGCUCCCAAACAUUUGAAUACUUAUAGUUUUGGUAUUGUCGAACAAGAAAUAGCAACACAAGCUAAUAUGUUUAUAGGAACAUCUUAUUCUACAUUUAGUCAAACAAUUAUUUUUAUGCGACGAUUUCAAUCUUUAGGUCCUACUUAUCAAUUUUCAUUGAAAGGUAAUCAACCAACUCUUGUUCGAAAUCGUAAUUCAUUAUUUAAUAUAUGA